AUGGAUUACUACCAACCGGUGGAGAUUAACAUUCUCUCCGCUCAAGAUCUCGACUCCGUAAACCUUUUGUUCAGACCAACAGUCUAUGUUUCAGCUUCAGUCACGCGCGGUUCGCGUGACCAUCAAGUCACUCCAGCUGCCGUGUGUGGUAAGAAAAACUUACGGUGGAAUUACCGUAUGAAUUUCUAUAUCGAAGACGACAAGGUUCAAGGGAAUGAAUCAGUGUUUGUGUUUCAAAUCAAGUGUAAGAGAUAUUUCGGGUCAGACCAAGUCGUGGGGAAACUUUUCCUACCGGUAAAACAAUUGCUCCACUUGAAUGAAGAGAAGCAGAUAAGCGAGCAUACCAAUGUAAAUUAUCAGGUCAUAACCGAGACCGGAAAGCCAAAAGGUUAUAUAUGUUUAGGGUUUAGAUUCGGGUGUGUUUUUAAGGGACAAAUUAGAGGACAUGAUUCGGAUAGUAAUGUUAGGGCUAAUGAUGGUUGUAGAUUAGGAGUUUGGGGAAUUAUGAGACAUGAGCCAUCAGCUCCUAGUGAAGACGAUCUCUGUGCUUGA